CUUCAUAAUCGUCUGCUUUCUGUGCUUCUUGUCUGAGUAACUACGUGACGUCAUUGCCAUCACUCAGUGUGGGAGGAAGUUGUGUGCCUGUCAAGCGCAAACAAGUGUGUUGUUCAGUUUUUGUAAUUAUUGUUGGCUGUUAACUGUUAUUGAAAAUGGCAGAUGUUGGACCUUACUCUGGAGGUGUCGAGGGGACGUCGGGAACCGGUGGUCCCCACACACCUCAACAGCAGGCAGCACAGAAACGUCUUCAGCAAACACAGGCUAAAGUUGAGGAGGUAGUGGGGAUAAUGAGAGUCAACGUUGAAAAAGUGUUGGAACGUGACCAGAAAUUGUCUGAAUUGGAUAAUCGAGCAGAUGCUCUGAGACAUGGUGCAUCACAAUUUGAGCAACAGGCUGGAAAGUUGAAACGAAAGUAUUGGUGGAAGAACAUAAAGAUGAUGAUCAUCAUUGGUAUUGUUUGUACAGUUGUCCUUAUAAUAAUAAUAGCUUCUAUAUGGAGUUCAGUUUCCGGAGGAGGAGAGUCAGCUGCUGUCACAACUGCUGCCCCACAGAACGAAUCACAAUAGUCAUCGUGUCAUAAGACAUGUUUGAAAGCCGACCUGGGAUGGAAUCAAAUUGCUGGAUGAAUUGGAUGUUGUGGAUGCGCCGACACACACACACACACACACACACACACACACACACCCAGUAUCCACUGUUAAUAUAUUUAAAAUAUUAAAUUGGUUGUUGCUGAUGCUUAGUGAAACUAAAGAGUACUGCUUUAUCACUGAUAACUGAACAUUUUGUCAUCCGUGCCAAUUAUGUUGAUUAGCUCCGUGUUUUCCAUGACACUCCAGCAUGAUUAACACAGGUUAUACUGUGACAUAAGUUGCUGCUUUUUGUGGAUACCCACACAAUGCCAUGGCACUCCUCCAGUUGCUGUGCUCUGAAAAUCUUGGUGAUGUCCAUUUUUCUAUUUGGAAAGUGCACUUAAUACUUCUAUAUACAUAUAUUUAUGUAAUAUAUUUUCUCUGGGUAUAGUAUGCUAAUUUCGUAGCAAGUUUUGUAACAGUCUCUUGCGUAAAUAUUUGAUUAUCUUAUAGUUCUUUAUGGGAGUAUUCAUAAAGUCACUGAAGUUGCUUUUUUAUAAAAAAAAAAUGUUUAUAUAUAGAAGUAGAAUUAAAUAUUAUUUUGCAAAUUUUAUGUGUGUGUGUAUGAAUGGAUGAUCACACUUUUAGACAUCGGGUGGGAGGAAAUGUAUGUUUCUUAACGUGUUUUUUCCUUUGGAAGUUCUGAAAUUUACUUAACCUUUGGCUUUAUAAUUUGGAUGUUUCAGUUCAUAUAAGGGGCUUUUGUUCUCAAUAUUAAAUGUGAAACUUCAAAGUUCCUAAACUCAGAUUUCCAGAAUCAUUGAAUUAAAUGGAUAUAAAAGCUGUGAUACAAUAGUUAAAAAUAUUUGUAUUACCAUCUUUGAUACUACUCACUUAAUUUACUAUAUAUAUUUUAAGAGGGAUUUUGUAUGUUCCACAAAAGUUUUCAAAAUGUGGGCUGUUAUCAUGUUGUUUGCCUUUACAUUCACAGGGCAUAGUGCUCUUGGCAUUUUGUAGGGAACGUAUCCUAUUUCUUGCAGCUAAUUGUACUGGCUCUGAUGUUGGCUUUUUACACUUAUUUUUUUAAACAAUGGCUUCAGAAUGAAACAUUACUGAGCCAAAUAUGAAGCCACACAAACAUAUGCUGCUUGCAGUUGGUUGCUUUUUUUUGUUUCACAGAAAAAGUUUACAGAGUAUUUAUGAGAGCGCAAGAGCACAAGAUGUAUGUAUUUAACAAGACAUAUUUGUAUUAAUGUUUACAAUUCCGUUGUUGUUGGAAUAAAGUAUUUACGUAUUUA